UUAAUAGUAAGAAGAUAACAUUGUCUCCCACUAUGCUGAGGUUAUCAUACAGAUAUUGUAGCAGUACUUGUUCACUUGCGUCUGUUAUGAUAUUUAUUAAGUACGAACUUUUUUAAAAGGUGGUUUUUGUUUUGUUGCAAAGAACACAGUUUUUAUAUAAAAAAAAUGAAUUAUUGCUUUACUUUUUUGUGCUUAGUGUUCUCAAAAGUUAUAUCAAUUUCACCACCAACCAAAAAUUUAAUCGUGGCUAGGGAAAAGCGUUCCGAUGAUACAUUACUGCGGGCAGUUGGAAUAACACCUAACCCAUGUAAUAAAGAAAAUAUACAAAUGCCCAACUUCCAUGCACCAGGGAGGCGAAUGAGCCGCGUGAAAUGUUGGGAGUACAUAUGGAGCAUAAAAGAGAGAGAAGAUAAAAAAAGAAGAGAUGAGCAGUGCACAAAUUUUAUUAGAGAAAUAAAUAAUGUCACUGGCUACAGAACAGAUUGGCACAUUUCCAUGCGCAUUGUUGGUGGUCGCGACACACAACCGGGUGAAUUUCCACACAUGGCCGCCAUCGGUUGGAACUCAUCGUUGGACCAAUGGGAGUUCAAGUGUGGGGGUUCCCUCAUCAGCAACAAGUUUGUUCUCACAGCGGCGCACUGCUCCAAGGCUUCUGAGAGGGACACAACCAUUGCUGAUGUUUUUCCGAAGAUCGUUAGACUAGCUGAGAAAAAUAUAAUUAGCGACGCGGAAUUGCUUCUAUUCAACGAAAAUGAUUAUGUGGACGUUUACAUUUCGAGAAUUAUCAAUCAUCCACAAUACGAAGCACCUAAGAAGUACCACGACAUUGCCCUCAUAGAGUUACAGGAGGAAGUGCAGUUCACGAAUUUCGUUCAGCCGGCGUGCCUUUACUCCGGCCCGGACAACAAAUUGGUUGGGAAGCAGGCUUACAUGACAGGGUGGGGGGUAGUGGACUCAAGGAACCACGAAAUGUCUCGUGGUUUACAAGCGGUAUUGCUGGAUGUGCUGGAUACUCAACUAUGUAACAACCUGCUGCGGCGGUCUUUCAACCGGCACUGGUAUGGCUUUCAAGACCACCAGAUAUGCGCAGGAGUGCUGUCGGGCGGGGCAGAUGCUUGCCAGGGUGACUCUGGUGGUCCGUUGCAAAUCAGAAUGAAGUUGCCACAAAAAAAUCGUCGUUGUGAUCUCACCAACUCAUGUAGACGCAUGUAUCACAUAAUCGGUGUGACGUCAUUCGGUGUCGGCUGCGCUCUACCCAACCUGCCUGGAGUCUACACCAGGGUCUCCAGUUACCUCGACUGGAUCGAAGGCAUCGUCUGGAAAUAAAUAUAUAGUUGACAUUA